AUAAACUGGUUCCAAAUUUUGCAACUUCCCGUUUUAAGCAGCAAACAGCAAACUAAGCAAGUAGCACCACCACCACCUCCAUCUUUGCCACUGAAUUUCCCUCUCAGCCAACUCAAAAAACGCACCGCUUCGCCGAAAUGCGGGUCUCCAAAGUUCCGAUCUUGGCCUCCUUCGCAGCGCUGCUCUCUCUCUCCGUCGUCUACUGCGGCUUCCCGGCCACCUUUCUUUCUCUAGAACGUGCCUUUCCGCCGAGCCACCGAGUCGAACUCGACCAGCUCCUAGCCCGCGACCGAGUCAGGCACGCCCGGCUCUUGCAGAACGUGGCGGGCGGCGUUGUCGACUUCUCAGUCGAAGGCACCUCCGAUCCCUACCUCGUCGGGCUUUAUUUUACCAAAGUGAAAUUGGGCUCUCCGCCGAAAGAAUUCAAUGUGCAGAUUGAUACCGGAAGUGACAUCUUGUGGAUUACCUGCAAUUCCUGCAGUGAUUGCCCCCAAUCUAGCGGACUCGGUAUUCCGCUCAAUUUCUACGAUUCUCUGAGCUCUUCAACUGCGGGGCUGAUCCCCUGUACAGACCCAAUGUGCACUUCCUCAGUUCAAACUUCGUCAACUGAAUGUUCUCCGCAGAGUAAUCAGUGCAGUUAUACUUUCCAAUACGGUGAUGGAAGUGGGACAACUGGUUAUUAUGUAUCGGAUGCACUAUACUUUGACAUGAUUCUGGGACAGUCUUAUAUCACUAACUCUUCAGCAUUUGUUGUUUUCGGGUGUAGUACGUAUCAGUCUGGGGAUUUGACUAAGACAGAUAAAGCAGUGGAUGGGAUAUUUGGGUUCGGUCAAGGGUCUCUCUCUGUUAUAUCACAAUUGUCAUCUCGAGGGAUGACUCCAAGAGUGUUUUCCCAUUGCUUGAAGGGAGAUGGAAACGGAGGGGGUAUACUUGUUCUUGGCGAGAUUUUGGAGCCAAGCAUUGUAUAUAGUCCCCUUGUCCCGUCACAGCCACAUUACAAUUUAAAUCUGCAGAGCAUCACUGUCAAUGGGCAAACCUUGCCAAUUGAUCCAGCAGCCUUCACCACAUCAAAUGGCCGAGGAACUAUUGUUGACUCGGGUACAACGUUGUCAUAUCUUGUGGAAGAAGCGUAUGAUCCUUUUAUUAAUGCUAUAACUUCGGCUGCUUCACGAACUGCAACUCCCACCAUUUCGAAAGGAAACCAGUGUUAUCUAGUUUCCACCAGUUUGGCUGAUGUAUUUCCUUCGGUUAGUCUAAACUUUGCCGGAGGUGCAUCGAUGGUGUUGAAACCAGAGGAGUACCUUAUGCAUACAGGUUUCAUUGAAAGUGCUGCUUUGUGGUGCAUUGGCUUUCAGAAGGUUCAGGGAGGGGUGACUAUUUUAGGAGAUCUUGUUUUAAAGGACAAGAUAUUUGUGUAUGACUUGGCUCGCCAACGGAUUGGGUGGGCUAACUACGAUUGCUCAAUGUCAGUAAACGUCUCUGUAACUUCUGGCAAAGACGAAUAUAUUAAUGCAGGACAGCUGGGUAAAAGCAGCUCAUCGGGAGACAUGCUCUUCAAGCAUCUAACGUCAGGAACUCUGAUUUUCCUAAUGCACAUACUGUGGAGCUCCCUCGCUCGAAUAUAAACAUCAGAUUGUAAGUUCCAUUCUCUGUUGAAAGCGUCGUGGGUUGGCUGAUCUUUUAUUUAUAGUGAUCAGUGGGGCCUUCUGCUGUUGUUUGUUGUAUUGCCAAGCACCCGGUUCCCAGUGUGUAUUGGUCUGCUCUACUUCUGAUUCGCGUGAAUGGGGGCGUCGUAAAGAUUUCUCCAUCUACAGCAUUGCAGAACGGUAACCUAUCUCUCCACAAGUUAAUGAAGGUAGUAUCCAAGUGGAAGCGGAGCAAAUUUAUUGUAGCUAUUUCUUGAUUUAGCCUAGGCAUAUAGAAAUUCUGUUCGUCAGUCCGUGUCGAUAUCAUGUUGACUUGAUGAUUCCAAGCCUUGUACAAAACUGAAACUUCUAACGGUUUCUUGACGUUGACACGCUUUUCGUCCUCGAAAGAAAUUUAGAAACAAGUCCAUUGUUGUAGUGUGGAAAUGUUGCAGAGAAUUCAGAAGUGUUGUAGUUUUGAUGAUUCCGUUUGAAAAUUGAAACCCAUUCCAUUAAAAUAUGUAAUGGAAUUAAUUUGGUUGAAAUUGUACUUCUAGGGUACAUAUGAAGCCCCCACCAAUUAUUUAAUAUGUACUUGUUUUUUAUGAA